AUGGCUUCAGUACGCUCCAGUAUCCAAACUCUCCGUGAGAAACAUGCCACCACGGAAGAACUCGACACAAAAGAUGGCAUCUCCUUGUUGUCCCUCAAGCAUCACCUGCUUUUGUCGUACCUUAACUCGUUGGUAUUGGUGUCUGCCAGACAUGCAAUCGGAGACUCCCUCAGCGAACGGUCCUUGCCAUCCUUGCCAUUCAGCAGCGCCGAGAGGGAUCAACGAGGGUCUGGUGCGGGUGACCUUGUCGAUUCCAUGAUUGAAGGACGAGUCGCUCUUGAGAAGAUUAAAGUUCUGGAAAGCAGGAUGCGCUACCAGAUUGAAAAGCUCGUUCGCCUUUCGAGUGAGCAGUCCAGCAAGGACCUUGCCAAUGAUCCCUUGGCCUUCAAACCUAACCCCCAAAACCUUGUUGAUGAGGAGGACGCGGAGGAAGAUGAAUAUGCCGAUGACGCCGACAAGGAUCAAGACGGUAUCUAUCGCCCUCCCAAGUUGGCUCCCAUGCCAUAUGUCGAGCCAACAUCCAAACGCUCCGACCGCAAGCCUGUCCCCAAAGCAUUGUCUUCGCUGAUCUACAGUCAAGAUCCCUCUCGGCCGUUCGUCGAAUCAUCCUCUGGUCUGGGUGCCCUCCAAUCGGAUCGCAGGCGUGAGCUUGAUCGGAUGCGGGAGUACGAAGAGGAGAAUUUCACACGACUGGUGAUGAAAAAGAAAGAUGCAAAGAAACGUGCUCGCGACGAAGCUAAUGUGGCAUUGGGCGGUGGUGCCCAAGGCAACAAUAGACGACGCGGAAGAGGGCUGGAAGACGAAUUCGCGGACGUUUUGACUGCCGUCGGGAGGACGCGUACUGGUGUCCUGGGAGAUGGUUACGAAGAAUUGAGGCAGCGGGGUAGGAAGGCUGACGUUCUUUCACGCGCACGGACACGGCCGCGGGAAGAGAUUGGGGGCGCUGGGGAUGAUGGACCUAUCGCGAGGAAGAAGACAAGGUUUGAGAAGCAGAGAGUCGCCCUGAGCAAGAGGGCCCGUGCUAAAAGACCGUGA